AUGGGCAUCACCGAUUUCCUCUCGGACCUGUACUCGUCCGUCGUCACCCAGGACGUCGUUGCCGAGGCGCCCAAGGCCGACACUGGCGACGAACACCAGAGCGGUAAGAACCAAGGAACCUACGGAUCUGGAACCGCACAGCAGCGAGGAGCGAGCGUGCGCGGCGGCGCCUCUGCCGUCGCCACACCAGCCACCGCCGGAGCGUCCAAGGAGAGUCCGCAAGAGGCCGAAGUCAAUAAAGCUGAUGAGAAGAAAGGCGAGGACACCAAGACCGAGGAGGAACCCGAAGAGGAGCCCGAGGCGGAAGAGGAAGAGGAAGAGGAGGAGGAGGAGGAGGAGCCCGAGGAUAUCAAGGAGAAGCUCGAGGAGGAGUGCGCCGAGACGCCCGAGUGCUCGCCGGCCAAGCACCACUACGACCACUGCGUCGAGCGCGUCACCAAGCAGAUCGAAGACAACGGCAAGGCCGAUGAGGACUGCGUCGAGGAGUUCUUCCACCUGGCCCACUGCGCCACCGCAUGCGCCGCCCCCAAGCUGUUCGCCCAGCUCAAGUAA